AUGGCCAACUCAAGAUUUGAAUACGUACGACAGUUCGAGACACAUGAUAAAUUAUUGUCAGACUGUUAUAUUGUGAUAAGAAUAGAUGGUAAAAAAUUCCAUGAAUUUUCUAAAUAUUAUGAAUUUCGUAAACCUAAUGAUGAGAGAGCUUUGAAACUAAUGAACGCUUCAGCUAAGAAUGUUGUCCUAAAAUAUAAAAAUGAUAUCAUAUUGGCCUUUGGUGAGAGUGACGAAUACUCUUUUAUCUUGAAGAGGGACUCUACAUUGUUUAAUAGACGAAAAGAUAAACUUGCAACUUUAAUUGGAUCUCUUUUUACCACAAAUUAUGUGUUUCUUUGGGAUAAAUUCUUUCCCGAUACACCAUUAAAUGUUAAACAUUUGCCAUAUUUUGAUUCUAGAUGUGUUCUUUAUCCAAAUUUGUCUAUAGUUAAAGAUUACCUAUCAUGGAGGUAUGUUGACACACAUAUUAAUAAUUUAUACAACACAGUUUUUUGGCAAUUAAUUCAAGUAUGUGGUAUGACACCUCAAGAAGCUGAAAAGAAGCUUUGUGGUACAUUAAGUAGUGAUAAACAAGAAAUUCUGUUCAAAGAUUGUGGGAUCAAUUACAAUAAUGAACCAGAAAUGUUUAAAAAGGGCUCUUUAAUAACAAGAAAGGGAGAAAUAUUACAUAUAGACGUAAUUAAGAAAAUUGAUGAAUUAUUUGAAGGUUUUUAA